AAGUAAUUACAAUUGAAUCGAAUUGCAAAUCAAUAAAAGCAAAGUUAUAUUCAUCGGAAGAAACUAAAUUUUCUAAAGGAAUUUUGAAAGUGGGCAACAUUUUUCGAUUUUUUGUCAUUUACGUUCAUUUAUACAGAUCGUGGCACACAUACACACCAAGGAAGACAAUGAAUCCAUUUCAAUGUAAGGAUGUUAGUGGCGGAAAGGUUGGCCACAAGUGCAAAUGCAGGCCAAGGUGUUCACAAAUCACGGUGAAGAAAGAAGCCACCGUCAAAGAAGAGCCGAAUGAUAUGAUUCAGUACUCACCGCCACCAUCGCCAAUUGGAACGGGCGCCACCAUCAAAUCGGAGAGCGAGAGUGACGACGACUGUUUGCACAACGAUAUCAAGGAGGAAAUCAAAUGUGAAGAUGAAUGUGCUAAGAAGCAAUGCGAUACAGCACACGAUGAUGGCGAAGGUGGAAUCGAUGAUAAUGGUCCAGUUUGCGCUAAUGUUGACAAUUCAACCCGUAAUGAAAUGCCACACACAUCAAAAGGCAAUGGAACGAAGCCAAAAAGUGCAAAGAAAGCACGCAAAGGCAAAACAUCAAAGAAAACGAAGGUUGCGCCACAGCUGAAGAAGCAUAAAUGUAAUAUAUGCAAUUAUUCGGCAUCGUACAAGUCAAUACUUACACGCCACAUACGAGUUCACACCGGAAAGAAGCCUUUUGUGUGUGAAAUAUGUGCAAAGGCUUUUAAAGAGAAGAUUACUCUGAAGCGGCAUAAGAUAGUCCAUGCAGCACAAUUUCCAUUCGGUUGUUCGAAAUGCGGUAAUGGUUUUAUCCAAGAAAUCGACAAGAUUAACCACGAGACAAAAUGCAAAUGUCCUCAAUACCAAUGUCAUUUAUGUAAAAGCACAACUCGAUAUUUGUCAAAUCUGUCAAAUCUGAAGCAGCAUAUGCGAAUCCAUAAUGGCGUGAAGCCAUUCAAAUGCACUGUUUGCUCCAGAACAUUUAGUAUGAAAAGUUCUCUCAACGCUCAUUUACGGACUCACACAUGCUCGCGACAUUGGCGAACAAAUAUAAAAUCGGGAAUCAGCGCCAUGUACAUCAUGGUGAAAAAAUAUGUAAACAUCCAAUUGAUACAAUAGAAUAGAAUUGAUACAAUAGAUUGUUGUCAAUUGUCAAUUUCGAUUUAUAUGCCCAGUGAAGUGACAACCAAAAUCUAAACAAAUAAUCCGGAAUAAAAAUAUUUUAUGUGUUUUAAUUGCUAAAAUAUGCAUAACAAACUAAUUUAAUCUCAAAACGUUUCUCAUACAUUUUUUUUC